AUCAGCCUUAUCUCCAAGGCUGAGAUCCGCUAUGAAGGGAUCUUGUACACCAUCGACACCGAAAACUCUACUGUGGCCCUGGCCAAGGUUCGCUCCUUUGGUACAGAAGAUAGACCAACUGAUAGACCUAUACCACCUCGUGAUGAAGUCUUUGAGUAUAUUAUAUUCCGUGGCAGUGACAUUAAAGACCUAACUGUCUGUGAGCCGCCAAAGCCUCAGUGUUCUUUGCCACAGGACCCUGCUAUUGUUCAGUCUUCACUAGGAUCUUCAACUACAUCUUCAUUCCAGUCUGUGGGCACCUAUGGUCCUUUUGGCAGAAUGCCUGCAUACAGUCAGUUUAGUCCCAGCCCACUGGUGGGGCAGCAGUUUGGCGCUGUUGGAGUUGCAGGAGGUUCUUUAACAUCGUUUGGAACAGACUCUUCAGCCAAUGCUAGCAUGUCCCAAAGCACUGCAGUUGGUUCUGCCUUUACAACAGAUGCAAGAUCACUAAAAACACAAAUGUCUCAAGGUCGUUCAAGCCCUCAGAUAGAUCAUUUGAGAAGGAGCCCUACCAUGGAACAAGCAGUACAGACAGCUUCAGCCCACUUGCCUACUCCAGCACCAGUUGGGAGGAGGAGUCCUGUACCAGCCAGACCUUUGGUGUCUGCUAGCCAAAAAUCGAUAGAGAAUCAGGAGCACAGACGAGCUGAAGCACACAAGGUUUCAAGAUCAGAAAAUGAACUCAGAAAUGAAAACAAACGACAAAUUGUUCCAGGUGGACCUGCAGUGCGGAGAGGCCGUGGAGGUCAUAGAGGGGGCCGAGGAAGAUUUGGUAUUAGGAGGGAUGGUCCAAUGAAGUUUGAGAAGGACUUCGACUUUGAAAGUGCAAAUGCACAAUUUAACAAGGAGGAAAUUGAUAGAGAAUUUCAUAAUAAACUUAAACUAAAAGAAGAUAAACUUGAGAAACCAGAGAAGCCUGUAAAUGGAGAAGACAAAGGUGACUCAGGUGUUGAUACCCAAAAUAGCGAAGGGAAUGCGGAUGAGGAAGAUCCACUUGGACCCAACUGCUACUAUGACAAAACCAAAUCCUUCUUUGAUAACAUCUCCUGUGAUGACAAUAGAGAGCGGCGACCCACCUGGGCUGAGGAAAGAAGAUUAAAUGCAGAGACCUUCGGAAUACCACUGCGUCCCAAUCGUGGCCGUGGAGGGUACAGAGGCAGAGGGGGAAUUGGCUUCCGAGGUGGAAGGGGACGAGGAGGUGGAAGAGGUGGUUUCACUGCUCCCCGAGGAUUUCGUGGUGGAUUCAGAGGAGGCCGUGGAGGCAGGGAGUUUGCUGACUUUGAAUAUAGGAAAGACAACAAAGUUGCUGCAUAGUCUACAAGAAAGCUGAAACCGGGUGAACGUCUAGAUCUUCUUGAAUCCAGAGAAUUAGUUUCAGUCUCUGCAAAGAAUGAAGUUAAUUUGCUGUAUACUUGUCACCAGCACUGGGAUUUAACUAUUUAAUUUCAAAGGGGUGUAAUGCAGUUACUUUUGAAAAAUGGCCAUCUUUGAAAACAGUGAGCAUUAAAUAUAUUUGAGACAGAAGGAUAAGUAAUUUCUUAUGUAUAGUUAAUUAUAAAGCAGUACUUCGAUGGAGUUUAAGUAUUUUUUCAUCACUGAGAGGAUUUUUCUUAUUACUAAACUGUAUUUGAUAAUUGCUUCAAGUUGUAAGGACAAUUGUAUGCAGAAGGCCGUCGAUACUGUGAGUGUUUUGAUCCACUGAAGGUUGUUUUUUGGAAAUCCUGUAAUAUCCCUUUUGAGAUAGUUGUACUUUUAUCAACUAGGGUGCUGGACAGUAGGAAACUUGCUUUGUCAGUCAAAUAUGUACACACAGUAAAUACUGUUUCUUAGGCAAAGGAAACUUUUUAUAUAGUUGUAAAAUUCCAUUAUAUCCCAUUGCCAAAGAAACAUUACAAACUUUGUAUAGCUGUAUAAAAAGCAACUAAUUUUUUUAAAGAAUAAACAUUUUUAAGUCAGCAAA